UGUAGCCACCCCCGACACAGCUUUUAACCCUCGGAUGCGUGAGACCCUCUUUUGCACAAUGUUUAAUUAGUAUCGCGGGGGUCCCGCGGAUUAAUCCUAGGAUUAAAACAUGAUGUCCUCUGAAACCAGCGACGGAGGUAAAACGGGGGUGAGAAACUUGUGAAAAAUUUUCAACAUAAGUAAAACCACACGGAGCGAAAAGCAUUAGUGCACGCUGCUUUUUAGUUUAAUUCUCCGUUGAAAUUUAUCGUGUGAUCACUUGAUUUACGUAUAAUUGAAACGUAUCGUAAACUCUAUUUUGUGUACUUAUUUGUUUGUUUAUUAUUUUUGCAGAUAUGUAUGUGCAAAAGCAAACACAUAGAAGCAUAUUUAAUUAGGAAGUACGUAAUCUUUUAUCGAUUUGCAAAGGCCUCCGUGGCCAACUUUAAUUAGGAAGCACUGCCAUAUCGUACAGCGAAUUUGUCAUCUUUUCAUACUUUUCUGUGAUACAGCUCUCAUAAUGUAUAUGAAAUUGGAGAUAUUGAUUUACGUUGUUUCAUAUUGUUAAUUUUUUUAGGGAAAACUGCAUGUCGUUUGUUUCUUUUAAGUUAUAUAAAGUUUCAUAAACGUUAAAUGAAUUUCAUCAACUUUAAAUGUCCUUGAAAUAAAAGUAACAUUAGAAAAUUUAAGUCAUAAAAUACAAUUCCUGAUUUUAAUUGCCAUUCGAAGUGUGUACGAUACAAAAUAUAUUUUACAUCUAUUUCAUGUAAUAUUUCCUCGUUUGCUUUUUAUACAGAACGUUAUUUAGAACAUUUUAGCCUUACAUGAAAUUUCCUUUAAUGAGUAAAGAAAAAUGUCUAUCGCUUUAAACUAAACUUUUUAAAAAGCUGAGAGAAUCGUCGCGAUUAACUCUUAAACGCAGGACUGUAUUCUAUGUGAUCUAAAUCCCUUUUAGACUUAAAGCAAGUUUCGCGAAAGAAAAAGUCUUGAAAGAGGAGAUCUCUCCUGUUGACUGAGAUAUUAAUUAUACUUCGAUAUUCUCGGGAAUAUAAUGAUUAUGUACUUGUAAAGCGAAUUUCGAACGCCCUGGUAAGACAUUUUAGGAUUACACCACACAAACACAUACAUACACACGAGGUAUUAGUAGCCGUAUUUCACUUCCUUGCUACUGCAAAUGUACGUGUAAUGUUUGUGCAUGGGAAAUGUAAGGCUUGAGUUUUUGACACAAUAAUGAUGUGUCUUACGGAGGUAUAGUUGCGCUACCACUUGUGAAAGACAACCGGGCGAGUCGACGAACUUAAAUUUUCAGUGAUCUACUUCGGAAAUAUCGCGCAAUAUACUUCUAAAGGCGAGAGAAGGAGAGAGAGAGAGAGAGGGAGAGAGAGAGAGAGAAUCUUUUUAAUCGUACAUGCUCGUAUGUUCCAUUGAAAUAAAAUAAUAUAUAUAUAUAUCCGUACAGCAAUUGUGUAUUGUGUAAAUCUCAGACGUGUUCACGAAUGGUAGUCGAUUUAUAUCGCGUCACCAGACUACGUGGAAAAAAUAUUUGAAUUUGUAUUUUCGCUACUAAAUGGAAUCCUUCUGUGAAUUAUAGUAUACAACGGCGGCUGAGCGGGAUCGGGCGAUAAAUUGAUUUCAAGCCGGGUAACACCGGGCAGAGACAUAGUACGAUCGGGUAUAAGAAUAACUGCCUCAUGACAGCCGCGGUAGUUACUCAGCGUGCUACAUUUUGAUUCAUCCCGUUCGCCCGCCGUGAUUACACCUUGUUUGUUUCUGACUACGGUUGUCCGACGGCACGUGGAGGCCAGAGAAUCCACGGCAAUUCUACGUGAUCGCCGGCGCGACCUAUGUGUACUUACCAAGCUGGGGUUCCAUGCAGAUGGAAUUGAUAGACAAGACAUUGCCGCACGCAAAGUUUCGAUUCUUGGACAUGCAACACGAUAUUGGAUUGUUCAGGCUGAGGAGGCCUCUUCGUACGAAUGCGUACGUUCAAUAUGUUGCGCUCCCACUGGAAUACGUCGCGAAUUUGCAGAAAAUGUAUAUAGAGCAUUGCGUCGUGGUUGGAUGGGGUCGACACAUACCUGAUUCAAAUAAAGGAAGCGGGACGUACUUACGGCACGUUCAGAUACCCUUGAUCUCAGCAAUCGAAUGUCCAAUGCCAAAUGUGCACAAAGAAGCGCAAAUAUGCGCCGGUUUGCUGGAAGGUGGUCGCGAUGCCUGCCAGGGCGACAGCGGUGGACCAUUGAUGUGUAAUGGAACACAAGUAGGCAUUGUAUCCUGGGGCGAGGGAUGCGCCCGUCCGAAUACAGCGGGCGUAUAUUCCCGCGUGGAUUUUUAUCUGGAUUGGGUGAACGAGACUAUUCAACGGAACGGAGUCUCGAAGUACUCAUUUCGACCCGUGACUUCAAUUGUCUUCGUGAUUUAUUACUUGUAUUUGUUCUUAUCGUGUUAAUUGUAUAUCCUAAUUGUCAUAUGGUAUGAAGAACAAGCGAAGAACGCAUAAAGCUAUAAAAUAUA